CCCUCUGAGCUCAUCAUGCGGGUGCUGGAGAACGUCUACCAUGUUCACUGCUUCUACUGCUGCGAGUGUGAGCGCCGUUUGCAGCGGGGAGAUGAGUUUGUACUCAAGGAGGGGCAGCUGCUGUGCCGCAGUGACUAUGAGAAGGAGAAGGAGAUGCUGAGUGCUAUCAGCCCUGCACCCACUGAGUCUGUAAAAAGUGAGGAUGAAGAUGGCAGCCAUUCACACAGCAAAGGCAGUGAGGAGAACAAAGACCACAAGCGCUCCAAGCGUCCACGCACCAUCCUUACCACACAGCAGCGGCGAGCAUUCAAGGCCUCAUUUGAGGUUUCCUCAAAACCUUGCCGAAAGGUAAGAGAGACCCUUGCAGCUGAGACAGGCCUGACUGUGCGGGUGGUACAGGUCUGGUUCCAGAAUCAAAGAGCCAAGAUGAAGAAGAUUGCUCGCAGACAGCAGCAGCAGCAGCAGCAACAGCAGGAGCAAGACCAGCUGGGCAACGCUCGCUUAGGGACUGGGAGAGGGAAUGAUGGUGCGAGUGUUCAUGGCCUGGAUGGGCUCAUGGUCCCCUAUCCCAGAAUCCCCCAGCAGCAGCUGCUGCCCCUGGAUCAGAAUGGCUACAGCACAGACUUGUACAGACAAGGGCUUACACCACCCCAGCUGCCAGGAGACCAUCUGCACCCCUACGACUCGGAAGGAGUUUUUCACGACAUGGACAGUGACAGCAUCAGCCAUCUGGGAGACUGCCUGCUGUCAACAGCUGAAGCCAACCUCCUCCAGGCCCGAGUAGGUAAUCCCAUUGACCGACUCUACUCCAUGCAGAGCUCCUACUUCACAUCCUGA